AUGGUUAAAAGUAUUGCUGUUGACAAAAACAAAACUGAAAUUCAAGACCAAAGAGAACCAAAGAUUAAUUUGUUUUCUCAUUUGAAAAUAUUUCAAAUUAUUGGUUUCAAUUGGAUUAUUCUAUUGAUUGGAACUGUUGGAUCAACUGGCUAUGGUGUGAUUCCAGUUAUUGUGAAUUAUGUUCUUGGAGAUUUAAUCAAGACAUUUACUAAUGCCAAUAGUAAUCAAGAAAUGUUAGGCGAAAGUGUAGAUCAAGUUUGUGUCAAGUUGACCAUUAUUGCUUUUUGUGGUGGAGUUGGUUUUUUAAUUCAACAACUUUUUCAAAAUUGGGCUAAUGUUAGAAUUGGCACAAGUUUGAGAGAAGCAUACAUGUCAGCACUCAUUCAACAAGAAGUACACUUUUUCGAAAUCAGAAAGAUUGGUUCCCUUAUGAGUUGUCUCACUGAAGAUAUUCCCAAAAUUCAAGAUGUCUUUACCAAUGAAUUCAACAUUUUCAUGCAAGAAAUCAUGCAAUUCAUUGUUGGUUUAAUUUUAUCACUUGUUUGUGAUUGGAAAAUGACAUUAUUAUUCAUAUCAACCAUUCCACUCACAUUAAUAUCACACACAACCAUGUCCAUUAUUUCCACCCAUCUCAUUAAGAAGAUGACCUUGUUAACAAGAACAAGUGCUGGAGUUGCCAAUGAAAUUACAACUUGUCUCAGAACUAUUCGCUCAAUGGCAGGUGAAAAGACAGAGUUGACUAGAUAUGGCAUUGAAUUGAAAGAGUUGAAUAAGGUUGGUUUUAUUAGAAGCACAGUUCAUGGAGUUGCCUUUGGAUUUGCUGCAGUUGUUGUUUGGGGAACUGUUGCUUUGACAUUUUGGUAUUCGGGACAUCAAGCUGUUUUAGGAUUGACUAGUUUGGCUUCAUUGUUUCAAGUUUUUGGAAUGAUGCUUAUUGGUUGCAUUUCAUUGAUUAGAUCGGCUACUUUCUUUCCUCAAUUAAUGAAGUCAUACGUUAGUGAAACACAUCUUUUGAAGGUUAUAUUGAGAAAACCUGCAAUUCCUAUCAGCGGAGGAAAGCAAAUUCCAGUUGACCAAAUAAGAGGAAAUAUUGAUUUUGAGAAAGUUUGUUUCACUUAUCCUUCUCGUCCUCAACAACAAGUUUUGACAGAUUUCUCAUUGAAAAUCAAACAAGGACAAACAGUUGCUUUAGUAGGACCAUCAGGUUCUGGUAAGUCAACUGUGGUUGGUCUAUUGGAACGCUUCUAUUCUCCUCAACAAGGAAGAAUUUUCUUGGACGGUGAAGAUUUGACUGAUUUGGAUCCUAUUUUCCUUCACAAACAAAUUGGAAUUGUCGAACAGGAACCAGUUCUCUUUUCCAAGUCAAUCAGAUACAAUAUAGCCUAUGCUAUUGGAGUUGAGAAUGUUUCACAAGAAGAAAUUGAACAAGCUGCCAAGUUGGCCAAUGCACAUCAAUUUAUUAUGGAUUUACAUGAUGGUUAUGAUACCAUGUUGGGUGAGAAGGGAGUUUCUCUUUCAGGAGGUCAAAAACAAAGAAUUGCAAUUGCGAGAGCUUUGUUACAAAAUCCAAAGAUUUUGCUAUUGGAUGAAGCAACAUCUGCUCUAGAUACUGAAUCUGAAAGAUUAGUCCAACAAGCUUUAGAAAAUUUGAUGAAAAACAGAACAACCAUUUGCAUAGCUCACCGUUUGACAACUGUCAUCAAUUCUGAUGUUAUUUGUGUUUUGACAAAAGGAGUUAUUAGAGAAAUGGGAACUCAUCAACAAUUACUUAAUAUUGAGAAUGGUAUUUACAAGAAUUUAGCUCUAAAGCAAAUGCUUGGAAAUGAUGAAUCUCAACAAGCAGAAAAUCAAGAGGAGGAUACUAUUGACAAUGACAAAAUAAACCCUUAAAUU